CAGUACGUGCGAGCGAGACAUCGUCGGGGCGGGCACCUCGCUCGCUCGCUACGUGCCGCUGCUGCGCGCCCUGCUCACCGGCGCCGUGCAGUGCCCCGCCACGCUGCAGACCGACGCCGCGCUCACCUUCACCAGGUAUAUGUUAGUAUCCAGUUUGGUUUGCGAGGAAGGGUUGCAGCUCAUGGUGACCGUACUCAAGAAGUCUAAGAACGUUGCAUUGAGGACUAACUUAACGAUCGCAUUUUCCGAUCUCACUCUCCGAUUCCCGAAUCUCACACAGCCUUGGACUCAUCAUAUAUAUCAUAUACUGAGCGAUGAAGAGCUAGACGUGAGACAGUGCGCAGUUAAGAUGUUGUCGUUCCUCGUGCUCCACGAGAUGGUCCGCGUGAAAGGCCAAAUAGCCGACAUGGCGCUGUGUUGCGCGGACAGUGACGCCAGGGUUGCCAACAUGACCAAAGUGUUCUUCAAACAACUCUCGCAGAAAGGAAACGCCCUCUACAACGUGAUGCCCGACAUUAUAUCGCGACUGAGCGAUCCGGAGCUCAACGUGCCUGAGGAGCAGUACAGGGUGAUUAUGAGAUAUAUAACAUCGCUGAUACAAAAAGACAGACAAAUGGAAGCAUUAAUAGAGAAAUUAUGUCAGCGAUUCAAACUGUCGACGGAAGAGAGACAGUGGCGCGACCUGGCCUACUGUCUGUCGCUGUUCACUUACAACGAGCGAUCGCUGAAGAAACUCAUCGAGAACAUUGACUGUUACAAGGACAAGCUUCACUGCAAGGGAGUCAUGGAUUGCUUCAGUACUCUUAUGAACAACGCCUCCAAGAAUGCGAAGAACGAAAUAAAGACUUUAGUAACCGAACUAGGUGAUAAAAUUGAGGAACACUUGGCUGUCCGAGACGAGGAAUCUGGAAAUGCAGAAAGCAACAAGGAAAAUGAACAAGGCAACAAGGAGAGCGAACCGAGCAACAAGGAGAACGAACGAAGCGAGGGGACGAGAGCGACCCCACGACGGAAGCCGGCGCCGCGGAGACAGCGAGUGGUUUCUGACUCGCCUGAUGAGGAUGAAAUGCUGCAGAAUAUCGAAAAUACUCCAUCAAGGUCAAUGAGAAAAUCUAAACGGAAGGUUGCUGCCAAAACAAAAUCUGUUGAGGAUUCUGAUGAAUCAGAUGAUGAAGAUUUUCAAAAGAAGGAUGAUGAAGUAUUCAAGAAGCCAAUUUCUACCAGGAAAGGCACUAGAAGAAGAAACUAGUUCAUAAGAUUAAUUUAAUAAAGUUCAUGAGUUUUCUAAAAAA